AAAGAGAAAGGGAAGUGGGAGUUGUGAAGGAGAGAGAUGGAGUUUGUGGAAGGUAAGAUAGAGGAAGAGAAGGUGUUUGGGGAUGGAUUGGUGUUCCCAAAGACACUGAACCCUCCAAAGGAUGGAAUUGAGGGAGAGAUUAAUUAUGGAGUGAAUGAGUUGGUAGAGAUGGUUAGAGAGAAACAAGAAUGGCUGAGUGAGGUGCUGCAACGACACUCGGCGGUUCUGUUGAGGGGAUUUGGAAUUGGUUCGGCAGAAGAGUUUGGGAAAGUGGUGGAAGCGUUUGGAUGGGAGGAGAUGGAGUACGAUGGGGUUACAACUCGCCUCAAGGUUGCUGAUAGGGUUUACACCGCCAAUGAAGCUCCUCUUCAUAAGCUUAUCAACUUCCAUCACGAGAUGGCUCUGAUCAAGCAAUUCCCUUCCAAGAUAUUUUUCUUCUGUGCUCAACCAUCUCCAGAAGGUGGUGAGACAUCAAUAGUGCCUAGUCACAUUAUCGUGGAAAAGAUGGAGGAAAAAGUGCCAAAAUUCAUGACCAAGUUAUCGAAAAUGGGUUAUGUUACUCGGCGGAGUCUUCCCAAAGAAAUCGACAAUGGUGCCAUCACUAGCAAGACAUGGAAAUGUUUUUUCCAAACGGAAGACAAAGAUGAAGCUAAAAAGAGGGCUCAAGAAAGGCUACCUUGUGGCUCUAUCAAUUUCAACAAGGAUGGGAGUGCUGAACUUAUAUAUGGACCAAUGAAUCCGGUCCGAAGAUUUGGAGAAAGGAAGGUCUGGUUUAAUACAAUCUUAGGUUAUGAGGAUGACUUCAGUUUCACCUUUGGGGAUGGAAGUGCUAUUCCAUCUGAAGCUAUGGACACUUACAGACAAAUCUUGAAUGAGAAUUGUGUGGAUAUCAAGUGGCAAAAGGGAGAUAUCUUGUUAAUUGAUAACCUAUGUACUCAACAUGCUAGGCGUCCUGGGAAACCGCCACGUCUUGUAUUAGUGUCUGUAUGCAAAUAAAGUAGACUUGCAUGAUAAUAU